CCUCUCGAUCUGUAUGCUAUUCUGGCAAUUUCAUGGCUAUUGGAGAGGAACCAUCAUCUUCAACCUUGGACAACCAACGGAGUACUACUUCACAGUCACUAGUACUGGAACAGACUAGUUCAUGGCAAACUGAUCAUCACGCGCAAAGUGGCAAGCAAAAGAGAAAGGCAGGAAGAAAAAAGUUCCGGGAGACGCGUCAUCCGGUCUACAAAGGCGUUCGGCAAAGGAAAGGCAAAUGGGUUUGCGAGCUGAGGCAACCGAACAACAAAUCUCGUAUCUGGCUGGGGACCUUUUCACUCCCGGAGAUGGCUGCUAGGGCUUACGACGUUGCCGCCCUAGCUCUCAAGGGAGAGUCCGCUUCCUUGAACUUCCCUGAAGCGGCAUGUGCCCUACCACGCGUUAAGUCAUCAUCCUCCAUUAGGGAUAUACAGUGUGCUGCUAUGGAGGCCGCAGGGGCAUCUUCCUACGAAGUAAAACCAUCUUCUUCACUGUCCUUGUCCAACUCAUGCUUGGGUAUGGUUCCCAAAACUUGUAGGAUAUCGUUUUUGGAUGAGGAGGAGUUGUUUAACAUGCCGGGAUUACUUGACAGCAUGGCAGAGGGGUUGAUCCUCACUCCACCAGCCAUGCAAAAGGGCUUCAAUUGGGACGGUUUGGAAAAUACUGUGGACCUGACUCUAUGGAGUGACUGACGUUAUGUAUGAUAUUUCACGUACAUGCAUGAUUUUAAAUUACGUACCCUUCCUAGAAUAUUUGGAUACUAUCCGAUUUGCAUGAGUAAGUGCAUUGUUUUGUUCAAAUAGAGAAAUUAUGGCACAUCUCUCCCGUUGGCGCUAACGU